AUGCAGGGUAAAUGUGCUGCUUUAAACCACGUUCCCGCCGCUGGUCUGCGCGGAGGCGUCCAAGUCACGGCCGACUGGCCGCCGACACCCACCGCCCACUCGCAAGAUUGGCAGAUGCCAUUGGUGACCAGUGCAUCUGUUACCGCCGCCGCCGGACCUGCCACCCAGGCUUUGGGCUUAGUCCCAGUUAAUUACGCAGCCUACGAUGCUUUAUUCGACGUCUUUCACUUUGCAACAGCAACAAUUAAGCAGGACUGUGGUGUGCAAGGACGUUCUUCAUCGGCUCUGCUGCUCAAAUAA